GGCAGACGCUUUGCAGUGGCGAACGGACCUGGACACGACGACAGAGCAGAGGGAGGCAGAGCCUCGAUUGAAUUAGUUUACAGACGCUGAGGAAAUAUUGAUUUUCUGUUGCUAAAAGUGCAUUUAAAUUUUCAAUUUGUUAAACAGCCCCAGCAUGAGUCUCAAGUCCAGUGCCCGAAUCAAGAAGCGCCGCUCGGACGCGGCCGCCGCUACCUUUUCAACUGGAGCUGCUGCUGCAACCGGGAAUGGAAGUGGAAGUGGGAAUGCUAGUGCAAGUGGCAAUGCGAAUGGCAGUGGCAGUGGCAACAGUAAUGGUAAUGGGAAUGGAAAUGGCAGUGCCGUCCCCCCAACAAGUAACUACAACUGCAACCAGAGCCUGUGCAGCUCCGAAAAGCACAAGAAGCACAGCUACGCGGGACGCAAUCCCAACUUUGAUACGGACGAGACGAAGCUGCUUAUUCAGCUGUGGGGCGAUCCCAAGCUGCAGCGCACCCUCAUCACCACGCACAAGAAGCACGCUGUGAUCUGCCAACUGGCGGCCAAGAUGCAAGAGUACGGCUACCACCGGUCGCCGGAGGAGAUAACCACUCGGAUCAAGAAUCUCAAGUGCUUCUACAAUCGCCUCAAGAAGGACAAGGAGUGCGGCGCCACCUCCGAUUCGGAGCCCAGCUGGAAGCAUUUUGCCGAAAUGGAUGCCAUCAUGACGCGUCCCAUCUUCAGUGUACGGCCCAAUGAGGUGCCAGCCCCAUCGCUGAAAUAUCAACUGGAGCAGGCCCUGGAGGAGCAUGCGGAGCAGCGCAGCCGGCGGCUGGCCAACGGCGAGGAGUUGUCCGAGAGCGAUAACGAGGAGGACGACAUGUUGCUCUCCUCUCUGGUGUCCAAAGGCAAGGAAGACACGCCCCGUAAGGAGGUGGAGGCCGCCUGCCUUGGGGUGGACACGGAUUUGAAUGAGCAGACCCUUGAUGCCAUCGCCUCCAAGCGACGCAAACGCUCAACCGAGCCGGAUGUGGAUAUCGGUCAGUCGGUCUUGGCCUCCCCUAGCAUCAAGACUGAGCCGGGCCAUGAGCCAGGACCUGCUCCCGUUGCUGCACCGGUGGAGUCUGAACAGGAGGACGACGAUGAUGACGACGAUUGCAUGCUGCUGCCGCAGACCAAGGAGGAGCCCAUCGAUGUGGAUGCUGGCGAUGAUUCACCCAGCGAGAAGUCUCCUAGUCCCGUCAUGUCCACUCUAGCGAAUAUUUUGCAGCGGCCGAGGAACCCAGGCAAUCUCAUGUCCUACGCGACAGGCAAUGUCAUCAUCUCAGCGAGCGGCACCACUUCGACUAGUUGCUCGGUGCCUAUUCAAAGCACUAGCACACUCUGCAGCAAUGCGGGUAUGCUGCAGCCGGGCAAGAUCUCCUUGGUGCCCACCAAUUUCCUGAUGCAGUCCAAGCUGCCGGCUACUGUGGGACCUAGUCCCGUGCCAGCCAACGGGUCUGCUCCACAGCUGCAGCUGCUGCAGAGCGCCAUCAACCAGGGAGCCCGUUUGAUGAUUAGCGGAUCGGCCUCUGCCCCGGCACAGCCAAGCAAUGCCGGUCUGGUAGCCACUGCUCCCGGCGGUGUUAAGUUUGUCCUAGUGAAUACCGAGCAGGCCAAGGCAGCGGCAGCCGUAGCUGCUGUGGGGAAAUCAGCAGCAACGCUACCACUGGCCACGGCCCAGGCUCAGGCCAUAGCACAGCAGCAGCAGCAGCAACACCAACAACAGCAACACCAACAACAGCAAAUUCAACAGGAAAAGGACGAGAACCGCCGAGAGAGGCAGAGAGAGGAAUCGCAGUCCAGGCGACACAUGACAACUAUGAGAAUCCUACUCCGGCAGCUGCUUAAUUCCCAGAACGAGGCGAAUGAGAUCCAGCAUAAUCGCCUGUCAUUGGAGCGCGAGCGUCUGGACUGGGAGCGGUCGAUGGGGGAUCGCCUGCUGUCGUUGCUCCCAAACCUGGUGCAGCCUGUCCCAGUGGCUACUCCAUCAACUACUGCCCAGCGCCUGCAGCCGCCUAAGCUGCUGUUCACCACAGCUCUGCCCAUGGGCAAUGGUACCGUCACCAUGCCACAUAUACUCACAACCAAUUCCUUGCCAAAGGUGAUUACGGCCCCAUCCUCCACGCCAGUCAACUGCAGUACCAGCAGCAGCAGCACUGCCAUCGUCGGGGGAGGCCCGGCACCAAAACCUGCAGCGGACGGUGAUGUUCAACUAGUCACGCCAAAGCAGGAGAAGGAGGGCUAAUUGAUAUAG